AAAAAUAGAAGCGAAGAUAAAACAAACAUUUCUGAACGCAGCGUAGGGGCGUAAAACAAUCCGCCAUUUUGUUCCAGUGACAAUUUAGGAUUCAAAUUAGAUUUUAACCCGUCUUUUUUUAAUUAAUCCGAUAUUUAAAGUGAUAUUUUGUGAGCUGUGUAGUGUUUAAAAAGCCUGUGAUAUUUUUGUGUACAACUAUUUUGUUUACGUUACGGAUAUCUUGACGUUAUUAUUUGACCGAUUUUGACGUCGGACGUACAACUAGAUAAUCAAAAUGGGUACAAGAGAGGACGAAUACGAUUAUUUGUUCAAAGUUGUCUUGAUUGGUGACUCUGGUGUGGGUAAAAGCAGUCUUCUCUCGCGUUUCACUAGAAAUGAAUUCAACUUAGAAUCAAAAUCAACAAUAGGCGUGGAAUUUGCAACAAGAAGUAUAGAGGUGGAUGGUAAAACCAUAAAAGCUCAAAUAUGGGAUACCGCGGGGCAGGAGAGAUACCGCGCGAUAACGUCCGCGUACUACCGUGGCGCGGUGGGCGCGCUUCUCGUAUACGACAUCGCGAAGCACCUCUCGUACGAGAACGUGGAGCGAUGGUUGCGCGAGUUGCGCGACCACGCCGACCAGAACAUACUGAUCAUGCUCGUCGGCAACAAGAGCGAUCUUAGGCACCUCAGAUCUAUUCCAACAGAAGAAGCGAAGGCGUUCGCGGAACGGAAUGGGCUUAGUUUUAUUGAAACAUCCGCCCUCGACUCGACCAACGUGGAACCGGCAUUCCAGAACAUUUUAACCGAGAUCUACAGGAUCGUGUCUCAGAAGCAGAUGCGCGACCCGCCCGAAGGCGACGUGAUCCGGCCCGACGCCGAGCCGGCCGACGUGCGGCCCUCCGGCGCGGACUCCGUGCGCAAGCAGUGCUGCCAGUAGCCGAAAGUCCUGUUAAUUUUUGGAGUGGAAGAGAUAAAUGAAAAGGAAUAUAAAAUGCAAGAAAACGAAUCAUUCCCAGACAAGGUCUAAUCUAUAAAACAGAACUAAAGUUGCCAGAUCACAAAUAAAAAUAAUAAUUGAAAACCUGCCAUUAAAAAGGAACUUAUAUAUAAUAGACAGUGCUAUCUGUGUCUUGAAAUAGCUUGUUGAAAAAAUUAAUUAAUUAAUCAAUUUAUUUUUGACUGGCAACACUCAACUCAGAAGCAGUUACGAGCGGCUCAUGUAGAUAGCUUUGUGUAAUUAUUGAUAUUUAGUGUCGGAACUAUUAAAAGGUUAAAUAUAUUAUAAUGUGGAGAUGCAAUUUAUCACGUCGUAGGAGUCAAAGCUAUGAACGCACUCGAUUUUUAUUUGGCGCUUCUAGUAACGUACACAUCUGAAUGUUUUUUUUUUGUUAUCUAAGAAAAAAAAGGAAUAUUUGUUUCGACUUAGUGAAUAAUUCAUAUAUAUAUUUAUUUAGUUAAUAAAUAAAGUGUUUAACUAGCCAGUUCAUUAUUUGUUAUCUAUAUAAGCUGCGUUGGCGUUCGUUCGCGGUGUAUUUAAACUUGUCAUACGAAGGACGCCAGCGUCACUUUUUUACUAAAGUACCCUCAGACUAAUCACCUUUUUUAUAAAGUAACAGAAUUAUAAGCAAUAAUAAUGUUUCGAUUGGAUAAACCAUGAACAUGAUAGCUUCAUAUCGAUUUAAUAUUUCGCAUAACAUUAGCUAAUAGUCGUAUUAAGAGAGAUAGCUUUAUUAAAUUUUCUUUCAUUACGGAUAUUACGUGCCUUCGGACAUGGUGACAUGUUUUUUUUAUUAGAGCUUUUUUUUUAUUCCAUGUUGAAAUGAUAUCCUUAUAUUCGUUUGAGUGUUCCAGUAACUUCGAUAAUAAUACAAUAAAUAAUAAUUUUCAAAACAAUGUUUUUUAUCUGUACAUUUUUUGUUAAAACGGUGUUGCUACAUGAAAUCGUAAUGUUGCUAGUCUCUAAUUAAUAAAAAAGACUACGUUUAAUAAUUUCAAAUCUGUUUUCUAUUAGUAAAAACCUAUUUGACUAUGCACAACGAAGUUAUUGGUCGCUUGAUAAAUAAUAAGGAAAACAAUAUUGCUUAAUAGGGAAAUGAAGUUGCGUUUGGUCAAUAAGAGCUACAUUUGAACUUAAAUAGAAUACUCAUGGUUGAGUUAUGGUCAAAUACCAACAUAGUUCAAUGGCUCCAAGGCUUGGCGUCUCAACAGGCGGUGUUCUUUGUAUAAGAAAUAUGUUAUUGUAUUAUGAUCUUCAUAUGCAUGGUUAUUUUUUUAGUGCCUAUCUGUAAUUACUUUAUUAAAGACAAAGAUAAUAAAAUAUAAUGUAAAUUU